AUGGCUGCAAAGGCAUAUCCCACAUCCCCAUGGUCAAACCGUGCAGAGGAAGCAUCAAAUGGUGCAAGACUAUACCAGCGGUCAGUCGAAAGCGUUUUUUUCUCUUCACUACGAUACCAACUAGUCCCAGAAUUCGAGGAGGAAGUUCCAAGACAAAUUGCACUACAACAACAGCCACAACUACAGUCUCAGCAGCCGCAGAUUCGGGCCGUGGCCCAGACGUCCGAAAAGUCGAAUCCUCUGAAACUCAGGCUCGACCUGAAUCUAGACGUUGACAUUCAGUUGCGCGCCAAAAUCCACGGCGACGUGACGCUGGCUCUUCUGUGGGUUGUUGCCUCCCGGCGGCCUGUCACGCAAUACAACUGA